UUUGCGUCACUUCCGCCUCGCUUGGGGAAGCGACUCUGACGGAGCCAAAUUUGAAGGGAGAAUAGAAGCUCCUGUGUUCACUUGCUGCGGCCCAGCUCUGGAGACCACGGGCCCCGGGUCGCCCUCCCUUGCCCCCAGCCCCUCUUAGGCCCCGGGCCCUGCCGACGGGCUUCCCGUGCAGAGGAGCCGGGGACCGGCAUGCCGAUCCGCGCGCUCUGCACCAUCUGCUCGGACUUCUUCGACCACUCCCGGGAUGUGGCCGCCAUCCACUGCGGGCACACCUUCCACCUGGAGUGCCUCAUUAGAUGGUUUGACACUGCUCCAAGUCGUACAUGUCCACAAUGUCGGAUCCAGGUUGGCAAAAGAUCCAUUAUCAAUAAGCUGUUCUUUGACCUUGCUCAGGAAGAGGAAACAGGCUUAGAUGCGGAGACCUUAAAGAAUGAACUGGAUAAGACUAGAGCCCAGCUAUCCUUAAAAGUAAAAGAGAAGAAAGAUUGCCAGUCCAUCAUUGACUCUUUGCGAGAAGUACUAGAUGUGCGCAAUGUUACCAUAGAGUCACUGCAGAAGGCCCUGGGUGAGUCAGAAAUGCUGUGUUCAACCUUCAAGAAACAGAUUAAGUACUUGGAGCAGCAGCAGGAUGAGACCAAGAGUAUGAAAGAGGAGGCAUGCCGCCUGAGGAACAAAAUGAAGAGCAUGGAACGGCUCGAGAUCCUGCUCCAGAGCCAGCGCCCAGAGGUGGAACAGAUGAUCCGGGACAUGGGAGCAGGCCAGUCAGCCAUGGAACAGCUGGCUGUCUACUGUGUGUCACUCAAGAAAGAAUAUGAAAAUCUCAAAGAGGCCCGGAAGGCCUCAGGUGAACUGGCAGAGAAGAUGAGGAAGGAUUUGCUUUCUUCUAAUAACAAGUUACAAAAGGCACUCUCUGAGCUUGAUAAUAUCAAGGAGGAACUGAAAUCUACGCAGAAGGAUUUACAGAAUGCAGACAAGGAAAUCACGAGCUUAAAGAAGAAGCUGACGAUCCUACAGGGGACCCUGAACCUGCCAUCCCACACCAGUGAGACCCUCAGUCGGCUUGUCUUAGAGAGCCCAGCUCCUGUGGAAAUGCUGAGCCUAAAGUUGCGCCAGCCAGCCCGUGGUGAGGAUAUUGAUCUGAAUGCCUCUUUUGAUGUGGACACACCACCAGCCCAGCCCCACAGCUCCAAGCUAGUCCCAGCUAAGAAGCUCCGCCUAGAGCAGUCAAGCUCUGUGACUCCUGGCAUCUCCAGAAAAGACAACAAAGACCUCACAAAGGUGAAUGGUCUUUCUCUUGGGGGUCAGCAUUGGCCUGGAGAACAAGAUGAUGAGCUUGUGGGGAACUUUCCCUCAUUCAUUCGGAAUGCUGUCCUGGGCAGGAAGAGGCCCCUGGGCAACCUGGGGGACCCAUGCAGGAAUAGUGGAACUGUAAGAACGGGAUUUGAUGGGCUUGGAGGGCGAAGCAAGUAUAUUCAACCCACUGACCCCUCUGUCAUCCGUCCACUGCCUGUAAAGCCAAAGGCCAGGCGUAAGGUGGUGUCAGGAAAAGCAGCCCCCUCGGUCCAGGCUAGGUUGGAUACUUUCCUGAGAUAGCCUGGAGGCCCUCGUUGGGGCCAGAGCGCACAAGAAAAGGCCACUGGGCAUUCUCUCUUUCUCUCCAGGCUUCUGAGAGACAAGGUUGGCCAUUGGCAUGGGAUGUGUGGGAGCAGGAGUGGGGAGCAGCUCCAGUAAGCCCUGCAGCCCACUGGGCGGAGGUACCAUCUGCCAUCACUGGGCGCCCCCCCAGGGCACUUACUGCUCAAGGUCCCCCAUGGGGACUCCUUCUGCACCCUUGAGAGCUGCCCUCAUCAUGGCAUGUGCAGGUGGCUGUGGUAACUUAUGAGUGAGCCCCAGUGGCGGGGUCCCCAUAGAUGACUCCCUUCCUUCCCUAUGUUGCCUGUUCUUGCCUUCUAGGUUCAGCAGGGCCCAGGCAGCUUAGACUGUGGCACAUUUUAACUCCUCCAGUACUCAGGGACUUGCUUCUCUUACCUCACCCCCCGCCUCCCUCUGCACCCAAGUUAUCUCCCUGAUUAGAGUGCAGCUUUUCCUCCUUGUGACCAGAAUGGAGCCCAGAGCCUAGCCUUGGUCUCCCUAGGGCCCUGUGGAUCCAAUCCCUUCUGCCCCUUUACCCAGCCCAGACCCCACUGGCAGACACUCUGCCUUUGUGACUCCUGCUGUCCUGGCUGGCCUGGAGAGGAGUGAAGCAAGGCCUGCCUGCUUUCUUGGGAAGGUGAUGGGCUGGUGUGGAGCUGGGCAUGCUGUGGAGUGUCAUGGGCCAUGCCCAGUGUUCAUGUGAGGACCCAAGUAAAAUAAAGGCAGUUUCACAGUG